GACUUCCGGCGGCGCCCCCUCCCCCGCCGCGCCGUCCUCCGCCCGAGGCGAGCUUGCUCUGCCUCGCCCUGUUCGCGGCGCAGCCUCAGGGCGGCGCGGGCUGCGUGGCGGCGGCGGCGGCCGCGCGGGCUGAGCGCUCCUGCGCCCCUCUCUCGCCUCCUCGCUCUCCGCGCCUCAUCCCCUUUUCUCCGCCUUUUCUCUUCGUCGCCCGGCUCGACCGAGCUGCGAGCGGCAAGAUGGCGGCGCCCAGGCCGCCGCCCGCCCGGCUGUCGGGCGUCAUGGUGCCGGCGCCUAUCCAGGACCUGGAGGCCCUCCGUGCGCUUACGGCGCUCUUCAAGGAGCAGCGGAAUCGAGAGACAGCACCCAGAACCAUCUUCCAGAGAGUCCUGGACAUCUUGAAGAAAUCUUCUCAUGCUGUUGAGCUGGCCUGCAGGGACCCAUCCCAAGUGGAGCAUCUGACUUCCAGUCUGCAGUUAAUAACGGAGUGCUUCAGGUGUCUGCGGAAUGCUUGCAUAGAGUGUCCUGUGAACCAGAAUUCAAUCAGGAACCUGGAUACAAUUGGUGUUGCUGUUGAUUUGAUUCUUCUGUUUCGUGAACUGCGAGUGGAGCAGGACUCUCUGUUGACAGCUUUUCGCUGUGGCCUGCAGUUUUUAGGCAAUGUUGCUUCACGUAAUGAAGAUUCCCAAUCCAUUGUCUGGGUGCAUGCUUUCCCAGAACUCUUCAUGUCUUGCUUAAAUCAUCCAGACAAAAAAAUUGUUGCCUACUGUUCAAUGAUUUUGUUCACAUCUCUCAAUCCUGAAAGAAUGAAAGAACUGGAAGAGAACCUCAAUAUUGCAAUCAAUGUCAUAGAAGCUCACCAAAAGCAGCCAGAGUCAGAAUGGCCGUUCUUGAUUAUUACAGACCACUUUCUGAAAAGCCCGGAAUUGGUGCAAGCCAUGUAUGCCAAACUGAGCAAUCAAGAAAGGGUUACAGUGUUAGACCUUAUGAUAGCCAAGAUGGUGGGUGAUGAGCAACUGACCAAGGAUGACAUUCCUGUGUUUUUGCGCCAUGCUGAGUUGAUUGCAAGCUCCUUUGUGGAUCAGUGCAGGACUGUGCUGAAGUUGACCUCGGAGCAGCACACCGAGGAUGAGGAGGCACUAGCCACAAUUCGGCUUCUGGAUGUCCUUUGUGAAAUGACGUCCAACACUGAGCUGCUUGGCUACCUGCAAGUUUUUCCUGGCUUGCUGGAACGAGUGAUUGAACUCUUACGACUGAUCCACGCAGCUGGAAAAGAUACUACAAACAUCUUCAGUACCUCUGGUUGUGUAAAACCGGAAGGUGACAUCUCAAAUAUGGCUGAGGGGUUUAAGUCUCAUCUCAUUCGUCUGAUUGGAAAUAUGUGUUACAAGAAUAAAGAUAACCAAGACAAGGUGAAUGAGCUAGACGGCAUUCCCUUGAUCCUUGACAGCUGCAACAUAGAUGACAGCAACCCCUUUCUGACACAGUGGGUGGUGUAUGCUGUCCGAAACCUCACUGAAGACAACAGCCGAAACCAAGAUUUGAUCGCAAAGAUGGAGGACCAGGGGCUGGCAGAUGCAUCCCUACUGAAGAAAAUGGGUUUUGAGGUUGAAAAGAGGGGGGAAAAGCUGAUUCUGAAGUCCACUAGUGACAGCCCCCCACUGUGAACGGCCUCUCCAUCCAGACAUCUGAAUUUUCAGAAUCUGUUUCGUGGGUUUGCAUCUCUGCAGUGCAGUAUGCUUGAAAUGGCAAGUGUUUGAAGAUGUAGAAGUACAGAUUCGAGAAUCUCUGGUGUUUUAGGUAAUCAAGCUCCAUGUGUAAGCCACAAGUGAAAGUACCUGAGUUUCCCUUUUGUUGAUUGAGUGUAACUGUCUGGUUCACCUUUGUCUCCCUGAAUAGAGUGUGCAUCUCAGUGACAUGCUUUGUGCUGACUGUGGCAGCAGGUAAUAAAUCGGCUCUGUGAGGGCACGGAAGGACAAGUGCUUGGAUUCUUUGGGUCCCUUCUUACAGCAAGUGAGCCUCAUUCCUUGGGUUCUCCUUUUCCCAUUGGGAUUUCUGAACUCUGGCAGGCACUUGAAGUAGUUUCUCAUUGUGGUUAAUUCCAGUAAUCUCAUCUCACCGUCUCUCCUUUACAGAACAUUGACAAGGCUCAUUUCCAGUUAAUUCAUUUGAGAACCCUCCCAUGUUCUCACCUAGCCCUGUCCUUUGGAAUAUAGCAUGGACUGAAAAUGGGCAGGAGGACAUGUGGGUGCGUAACUCUCCUUACCCCAGAUUGUGCUGCAAUCUGAAUUCCACCCUUUCUGUGUAAGGGCAAGGACCUGGUCUGCUCAGUUGUGCAAAGCCAUGGUAUUAAAGGGGCUUUAAGUAAAUUACAGUACCUUGUAUUUUAAAAGCACCAGUCUCAUAAAGACACCUCUCACCUUUGCCAUGGCCUUGACUGGAAUGGUUGGGGAACAAGAGUUCAUUGAUAAUGUAGCUACCUCUAUAUACUUGUAUCAAAGGCAGAACUGCCUUAAGAGAGCACUCGGAUCACUAAUAAAAUCACAGACC